UAUGCACUGAACACACCACAAAUUGACAUUCGAAACUAAAAUUCUAAAAUUCCUUGCAUUGUUUAUAGUUGCAGGUGUGACAAAAAUUCAUUGAAAAAUCUAAUUAUAUUACAAAUUUUAAAGAGAAUAUGGCCGCAAAAGUUUCUUCAAGCAACAAUAAAGUGUUCCAAGCGGAUGAUGUGCACAUCUCCUUUGAGGAUCAACAGAAAAUAAAUCGUUUCGCCAAGCAUAAUGCACGCAUGGAUGAUCUCAAAAUGGAAUUGGAUAUGAAGAAGAACGAUUUGAAGAGUGUCGAGGAAGCUUUAGAUGAAAUCGAACUUUUCGACGAAGAUGAAGAAAUCCCAUUUUUGUUUGGUGAGGUCUUCCUAACACAUAAACUAACGAAAACACAGGAAUUGUUAGCUGAAGUUAAAGAGCAAACAUUAAAAGAAAUCGCCGCAAUUGAAGUUAAAGCAAAUGAGAUAAAAGCUGAAAUGAAUGAAUUGAAAUCUCAUCUAUAUCAAAGAUUUGGUAGCAAUAUAUCACUUGAAAGUGAAGACUAAAUAAUGGCUGGCAAAAAAAAUUAAAUUAAAUAGCAUUUGAAUUUAAACUAAGUUUAAACUUCAUGUUCAUCAUAAUUUAAUAACAAAAGAAUAAGUUAAAUCUAAA